AUGGCCAGCGGCGGCAAAUGGCGCGAGGAGCAGGUCCUCGUCAUCUGCCCCGGCAGCAGGACCACCAUGGCCCAGCUUGGCUGCGGCGAACUCUCGCCUCCACACCAUCGCAUCCCCACGAGGAUGUUUAGAGACGAGGAGGAUUCGAACCUGUGGCGGCCGUACUACACAUAUAAGAGGGUGACGACGAUUGACGGCGUGGAGAAUGAAGAGUGGGUGGAGGAUGUGGACGAGGAUAAGGGUGCCGUAUGGCCAAUCGAGGGUGGCCGCAUCGUUCAGAUGGAUGCUUUUCUCGCCUUCCUGGACCACGUCCACGGCCUGCUCACCACGACAUACCACAACACACCCAUCAUGCUGAUGGCAUCUCCGCAGUGGACGCGCCCCGACUGCGAGACCAUUGCGCGGUAUAUCUUCGAGAAGACAAAGACGCCCGCGCUCUGUUUGAUUCACAGCGGCAUUGCCACGCAGUACGGUCUCAAGUGGCCCAACAUGACCGUCAUCGACAUUGGCUACGAGAAGGUCGAUGUCACGGCUAUCCAUGACGGACGGGUCAUUAACCACAUGGAUCUUGGCCGACCACAGCCUGGACGACACAUUAGUGGAGGAGAGGUCUUUACACAGAAACUGCAGCAGCUGCUGACGGACAAGGGCUUCAACCACGACAUGGCUGAACAGCUGAAGAAGAGCGGUAUCUGCGAAGUGCUGCCGUACGCUCCAUCUCAGAAGAAUCUCGUUGUGCUCCCCGUUGAGACUGCAGACGCAGCACGCUCAGCGGCAGCUCAAGGCAAGGCAGCGGAAUCAGCCGCAGCGGAAUCUACAACGGCAGACGGAUCCGUGCAGGAUGUCCCCAGGAUCGAGGAGCCUACUAGGACGGAGGAUGUCGCUAUGGAGGACAACGACGGCCUAGACACCAAUGUUGACGAUGAUGGUGUCCUGGACGUUGCCACCAUCGUCACCAGCGGCCAAACCAAGGAGUUCCUGGCCAAGAAGGAAAAGGAGAAGGAGAAGGGCAGGCCUGGGCGAAAACCGAAAGCGGAUAAGGAAGCGGAGGCAGCUGCUGCUGCAAGGCCUGUUCGACAGCCCAACUCCAAGAAGGUGCGCAACACGUUUUCAUAUGAGGAGAUUAUCAUGGAAGAGGUCCCCAAGGAGGUGCCUGCGCCUAUAGCUGAGCCAGAGCCCACGCCUAUGCAAGGUGUGGAGAGCAACAGCGCCGCCGAAGGCGUUCCCGCAGCAGCCCCGGCCGUUGCCCCAACAGAAUCAGCUGCAGAACCGGCAGCGGUGCCGGCAACAGAAGGAUUGCAGAGCGAGAAGCCUGCUGAGCCCACGUCCGACGCAGCAGCGGUAGGAAGUGAGGCUGCUGUCGAUGGCGCCAAUAGCAGUGCAGACUCUAAGCCCCCUGCCCCUGAAGCAGCAGGAACCGACAACGAGCCUGUUAUCAAGUCCGAAGUCAAGUCCGAAGAGGCAAAGGUCAACGGCAAUGGCGAUGCCACAACCUUGGCUACAGCCCCAGAGUCCAAGCCAACUGAAGCCGUCAACGGCAACAACGGCGACAAGCCCGAUGCCGCCGCCGCUGACUCCAACGAACCCCCCGAGCUCAGACCGCGCAAGAUCCGCCGCGAAAUCGAAGUCGGCCUGGAGCGUUUCCUCUUCGCGGACCGCGACGAAAUCGACCGCAUCGUCACCACCAUCUACCGCACCAUCCAGGGCGUCGAGGACAUGUACAUGCGCCCGGCCUGCUGGGACAACCUCGUCUUCGUGGGCAACGGCUCGCGGCUGCGCGGCCUCAAGGACAACAUUCUGCAGACCCUGCAAGCGCGCCACAUCAUCUCGCCGUCCACGGCCACCAUGUUCACGUCCGAGCUGCCCUCCAACGUCGCCACGCCCGCCGGUACAGGGGCCCAGACACCCGUCGGCAACUUUGCCGGAGCGCCGCACCAGCUGUCCACCAGCAGCGUCAACCCGCUGCUCCAGGCCGCCACCACGGCCAGCACCUUUGGCAUCCCCGGCAGGGACACCAUUCAAGUCGCUACGGGAUCGACGCCCAUGGUCGGCUCCGAGGCUGCUGGCCCGGCGAGCGGCCACCACUUCCACAGCCAGACGCCCACCAGCAUCAAGACCAUUGCGCUGCCGACGUACCUCAGCGAGUGGAGCAAGAACGGCUUCGAGGAGGCCAUGUUCCUGGGCGCGCAGGUGGCUUCGAGGAUAGCGUUUUGCCUGCACUCCAACAUGGAUGCUCAGGCGAUUGAGGCGCAGAAGUCGAUGAGUUUGAGCAGAGUGGACUACAAUGAACACGGCCCCAAAGGCAUCCGAACACACUCCAUGCUCAGCUAA